AUGGCUGGUGCGCCACACGGUUCGCCUAUGUCUUCCUCACUCACUGACGCCGCCUCAGACGUCCCUGCUGUCCCCGCCUCUAAGCGUGGCCGCAAGCGCAACGACAAUCUGCCUCCUAACCGUGCUCGUGAUGUCCAACGUGCAUUCCGGGCCCGCCGUGCUGCUCAUCUCCAGGACCUUGAGAGCCGUGUCGAAGUCCUCGAAACUGAAAACUAUCGCCUGCGCCAGAUGCUCUCUCUCCCUCCCUCUGAUCGCCAACCACUAGGCCGAGGCCCUACUGGCCGUGAUCCGGGCAAGCUCAUGCCCAAGGUCGGCGACAUUAGCAUGCAUCAAGGCCAGCAAGGUCCCUCGGACCACUACUCUGACAGGAGCACUCCCUCUCCUUCUGCAUCCCACUCCCAUGCGGGCUACCCAGUCCCCACCUGGCCUCCCAACGACCACUACAUGGGCAACGAGGAUCCUGUCUCCCGUACUUCUUCAUCUGGCUCAAGUUCACCUUACCCUCAUCAAGUCAACUAUGAUUAUGGUAGCCAACGUCUUCCUUCUAUGGCCCAUUCACGCGACAGUCUCAUGAUGUCUGGCGGCGGCUCCCCCAACUUCAAUGGAUCAUCCACACCCCGCGACGAGACCUUGCUCGGCGGCUUUGCAUCUGGCGGCUUCCCGUCGCCCGCUGGUGGGGUAAACAAUCACGCGUCCGCUGCGCUUCCUCCCCAUUCGCACUCAAACGCCAAUCUGUUGCUCAAUCCUGGAUCGAGCCGUAUGAUCCCUGGCUUCAUGAGCGCCGGUUCCGCGCCUGGUUCUGCAUAUGUCCCUCGUCGAUCGGUCAAUGACCUCGGCUCAAGUUUCCCACCCCGAUCGGGUUCAAUGGGCUUGAAUGGCCCAUACAGCUCGGCCGCUCCCGGAGGGCGACUUGGUCUUUCGUCACCGUCCCCGAUUAACUAA